CCCACAAAAUGCUAAUAAAAUGUUAAUCCAUGCCCACAAAAUACUAAUUUGUACCCAGAAAAUGCUAAUAAAAUGAUAUUUUGUGCACCCCAAAGGCUAAUAAAACACUCAUUUGUUUUCAAAAAACUAAUAAAACAUUAAUUUGUAUCAACAAAAUGCUAAUAUGUGGAUACGAAAUACUAAUUUGUGCAUACAAAAGAAUAAUUUUCAGGUUUAUUAAUUUAAGUGAUUUUUUUUUUUUUUUUUCAUUUUGAAUGUAAUGUGCAGGGCUCCAUAGCAAACGUUUGAAAGUAAAAUGUGCCACCUGCUGUUCUUAAUUACAUACACAUCUCUUAUUUUUAAGUUUAAAUUAUAAAAUGCAUGGAUAUACAGAUACAUUUAUGUAGAAAUGUAUAUUUUAUUUAUUUAGUGUGUAUUUUCUUUUGUAUGGUUUAUGAGUGUGUGGGUUACUUGCUGUGUAUGUUGAUAUUUUGUUUAUUUUAUUCCCUGUUCAAUACUUGGAGUUUUCCUUGUAAAUAAUGUCAGGAAUUCUGAUAUAAAUCAGCUGUGAUGUCUCUGGGCGGGAACGGUUGUUUGCAGUCAGUUGUGGCGUUGGCUGUGGAAGUGGGGAGAGUGCGUUCGGGGGAGGGGGCUCGUCUUGUGGCGUCUCUGUCAGCUCAGAGACGAGCCUCAGUAAUGAGCUGUGUACACUUCACCCGUUCCGCCUGAUUCCCUCCACACCUCGAGUCCAACUUCCAACUUGCCACUGAUGAAAAGCCCCAAAGAGAAGAAUGGGUUUUUGACAUUUCCUUGAUGGGAUCUUCUGAUUCACCAACAUAACUGAACUCUUGACACCUCAAUGGAGCUCAUCCAGGCCACCAAAGUUUCCCUGCAGCCUCUGGAAGUUCAAUGGAGCAACAGCAGCUCUGUACUGCCCUACCCUCACUUCUAUGCGUCCACUCCCUCUGAGCCUCCUUUCAGCGCCAACCUGGCCGAGGGCUUCUUCCUGUUUAACAGCAGCUGUUACAACUGCACCACGUCGGACAGUCUCACCGGUUUGGCCGGGAUCUUCAUCCCUCUUAUUUAUGGGAUCGUGUGCAUCGUGGGAUUGGUGGGAAACACUCUGGUCAUUCACGUGAUCGUCAACUACACAAAGAAUGAGUCGGUCACAAAUAUUUACAUCCUCAACCUGGCCAUUGCCGACGAGCUCUUCAUGCUGGGCCUGCCCUUCUUGGCCGUGCAGAACGCUCUCCUGUCUUGGCCCUUCGGCUCACUGAUGUGUCGAGUGGUCAUGACCGUCGACGCCUUCAACCAGUUCACCAGCAUCUUUUGCCUGACGGUGAUGUCGGUGGAUCGAUACCUGGCUGUGGUCCACCCCAUCCGGUCAUCCUGGUGGAGACGGCCCCGUGUGGCGAAGGCGAUCAGUGCCACGGUUUGGGGAGGGUCUUUUGUGGUGGUGCUGCCAGUCGUGGUGUUUGCGGACGUCCUAAAGGACGACGGCAACUGCAGCAUCGUGUGGCCUGAGCCAGCAGAAGUGUGGAAGACGUCUUUUAUAGUGUACACGUGUACUGUCGGAUUCUUCUGCCCCCUGCUGGUCAUCUCUUUGUGCUACCUCCUGAUCAUCAUCAAGGUGAGGAGUGUUGGAAAACGAACACAGAUGGCUUCCACCAGACGCAGGAAGUCAGAGCGUAAAAUCACCCGGAUGGUGGUUGUGGUGGUGGCAGUGUUUGUCUUCUGCUGGCUUCCCUUUUACGCUCUCAACGUCAUCAACCUCCUCGUGGUCCUUCCCGGAGACUUUCGGGGGCUCUAUUAUUUCGUUGUUGUGCUUUCGUACGCCAACAGCUGCGCCAACCCCAUCCUGUACGGAUUUCUGUCCGACAACUUCAAGAGGGGCUUCCGGAAGGCCCUGUGCCGCACCUCCCGCAGGGUGAAGAACAACGACCGGGUGGGCACGGAGAUCCAGCGACCGACGGAGGAGUGGGGGGGCAUUUUGCUCCAGCCCAAAAAGAGUGACGCUGGUGCCAAUGUGCGCAGGAAAAACUGUGGAGAAGGGGGUGUGGAGGAAGGAAUCCCGGGAGUAGAGGGGAACUCGCAGGCGAGGGAAACCUGUCGGCAUUCAAACCAAAGAGAGGGCCUGAAGACAGAAGCUGUGCAGGGGGCCAACCCUGACCUGAGCACAGGCUUUCACCCUGAAGCGGCCCCCGCCUCGACCAGCAAGCGUAGAAACCGAGAUUCCCAGCCUGAGGAGGUCGUGUACAUAAACUCGGUGCUCGACAUCAGCUAUCUGUAAUACAUCCCGACACGGGAGGAGGAGGUCCUGUAUAAUUGAUACUAUGAAAAUCCAGGGAUUUAACCAUUCAUACCAGUUUGAGGUAUAAGUCAAUGCUGAUUUUAAAUAAUGACAGAAAACUUCAUGUUUAAGGAUUUAAAAAAUGUGGAAGUUUAUGCUCAAAAAAAA